AUGCAGAAUGGCAUUCUGAAACGAGUGCUGAGCUCAUUGCAGUCUUUUUAUUCAUACCACACAUACUAUACACUUUUUAUGUCUUUCUUAGUUGCAGUUGUCACAUAUUACUUUGAAAGAGACUAUUCACAAAUAACAAUUCUCCAAGCAAUGUUUUUGGGAAUCACUACGGCGACAGACACUGGGCUGCUCACAUUUGAUUUUUCUGUGACGACUCUUCAAACACAAGUUGUUGUCUGUUUUGCUUCUGAAAUCUGCGGAGUCAUGUUUGCUUCAACAAUAGUACCAUCAUUGUGUCGAUACUACCGACUUUAUAAUAUAGCACAUCAACUCCAAAAGGAAAAAAAGUAUCAACAGAGUAAUGGAGGUGUCAUGGACUUCAGUUCGAGUGAAGACAUUGAAGAUGAUAAGACCAUUACCAUACAAGAUGAAACAUUUGUUGUUAUCACAAGUGAAAUGGAGCCUCUAGUCUUCGAUUAUGAACUUGAACUGAAAUCGCUCAAGUACUUCAUUUAUGUACAAUUGUUCUACACAACGUUUUUCAAACUAGUUGGGUUUAUAUGCAUUCUGAUAGCAACGUAUACGGAUGACACAAUAGUUGCAUACCUCAAAGGUCAACAAGUCAAUGGGUUGUGGUUCUCGUUGUUCACGACAAUCUCUGCAUUUAACAAUUUGGGAUUAACCAUCAACCAAGACUCACUCAUGCCAUUCAACCACAAUUACCCAAUUAUACUCGCGUGCGUAUUUUUGAACGCAACGGGAAACAUUAUGAUACCAAUCAUGACACGAUGGAUUGUUUUCUGUCUCCACAGGAUAUUCGAGAAAAAGUCGAAGACGGAGCCAAUGGGAAUGUCAAAUCAGCCGUUAUUAUACAUCUUAAAGGCCCCAACAAGGAUGUCCCUUUACUUCUUUUCAUCAACACAGACGAAACUGCUUUUUGUUGUGCAGCUCUUCUUGAUGUUCCUCCAAACUUCGUUCUUCUGUUUGUUAUACUCGAAAAAUGAUAUCCAGCCUUUUCUUAUUGGAUUUGCACAUUCCUCGUUUACAAGAACAGCGGGGUUUGCUGCAGUAAAUCCGAAAGAACUCUGGCCACCUGUGUUAUUCACAUACAUGCUAUCAAUGUAUGUUGCUAACUAUCCCGUUGUCAUUUUAAGAAAGAUCAGAGACGACGAAGUCAAUUUGUCAAGUGGGUUGGCACAACUUCAAACAAACGUGGGGACCAUCUUUAAUUAUGUGAAAGAUAUGUUCUUCAAUCAUACAGUAUGGGUAUAUGUAUUCUCUUUACUUGUUAUGUGGUCAUACACAACGAAUCACCAACACGACGCAGAACCGGCUCAAGUCACACUCGAUGUGUUGUUUGAAGUAUCUUCUGCUAUUGGAACAGUUGGGAUGUCACUUGGAUCAAACAAAUUACCGUGUAGUUUUUCUGCUGAUUUAACACCAGUAGGCCAGUGUUUCAUCUGUAUUUUAAUGAUACUCGGAAGACACCGCGGAUUUCCAACACAGAGUUACCCACUUGAUUAUUAUAAGUAUUGGAAAAAUAGAAAAGUGUUUUCUUAA